AUGGUAGAGCCAAAUGUCCCCCCAGUCCAAGAGUUCACCAGAGACACUCUCCAAUUCAAGAAGUCUGGUAACCUUGUCACUCUACCUAGUACAUCUCAGCUCAGCAUGAACACUCUAGCUGUAGAUUUCGGUGGAAAGAAGAAAGACAAAGUCGCCACCUUGAAGAAUAAAAAUACUUCGAACUCCUUGAACCACAGUUCAGCCAACAACAUCAAAGUUCCAACCACCACACCUGGUCACGGCCACACCCCACCAGCAAACAGUCAACCAAAAGCAGUCCAAGGAAUGGACACGUCCAACAAAAGACACAAUCCUGGUGUCUUCCAUCAAGCAAAUAAUAGCAGUACCCGCAAUGCCAAAGGCAAGCCAAAGUCGAAGUCCAAGACCCCAAUUAUGGCUCCUCCAGCACCCGUCAUCGUCCCUGAGACUUUCAUCACCUCUUUUCCAGACUCGAAGGCGUCCACACUUUUCCCAAAAAUCACCGGUGAUCUCAAUCUCAUUGAGAGCCGAUACCGGGUUGAUAACCGCAAGCCCAAUCGUGAUAGAGCCGUCAAUGUUCUGCGAGACGAGGUCACCCGAUUAAUCCGGUUCACUGGCACUGUCAAACUACAUGGACAGCAUGCCGAUGUUGUGAUCAACCCAAACAACACAAUUCGUUUGCAAUCCAGAAAUAAACCUGCCCUCGAUGAAAAACAUGACAUCAUGGGUUUUGCAAAGACUAUGUUUGGCCUUGAGAAGAACCUGCUACGGUUAAAGCAAAGAAUCGAAGGCAGGUGGAUGGAAUUGAACAGAAACAAAAAGCUGAGUGAGACCCAUCCGUUGAUCAUUGCUGGGGAAUGGGUCGGACCAGGAAUCCAGAAGAAUGUCGCGCUCGAUGGCCUUCCAAGAAAGUACUUCGUUAUCACAUCCAUCUCACUCAACAACUUCUGGCUUGAUGAUCAACUAUACGCUGACAUUGAAGACGAGGAUGCUGGGAUCGUCCAUAUUGCUCGCGGCGGUUUCUUCUUGGAGGAGUUGGAUGUCACCGAUCUCGCAACUUGUCAACAACGCAUGAUGGCGGUCGCUCUGGAAGUGGAGAAGACAUGUCCAUUCAGCAAGACAUUCGGGAUCAUCGGUAGAGGAGAAGGAGUUGUCUGGAAAGCUGCGCAACCACUUGGCAUGGAUCCUCGUAUGUGGGUCAAGACCAAGGGUCCGGAUUUUGUUGUCACCAGAACGGCCGAUCUGCCAAAACCCAUAGCCAAAGCUGACAUCACAGUGCUGGGCGACGAUAUGAUUGAAAGAACAAGACAGUUUGCUUAUGCUACUACCACAGAGCCGAGACUACAACAGGUUUGGCAAGUGAUGAAGCUAGAGUAUGCCAUGCCUAUGGACAAGUCAAGCAAGAAGAGAUUCAUGCAGUACGUCUCUGAUGAUAUCUUGCGUGAAGAGAAGCAAAGAAUCAAGGCUUGCAAGGUUGAUGAGCAAUACUUGACGAAGUGCAUUCGAUGGAUGGCUGAGAUUUGGUAUGACCAGCGACUGGAUGAUCUCCUGAGGUGGCAGGCUGCAUCGAUGCAAUUGGAGGCAAGUCCAACUCAGCGCAAUGGUCUUGGCUCGAAUGAGGGAAGUGAACAAUUGCCACCGGAAUCCAAAGGGCUUGAAGUUAUCAGUGGCGAGGAUGGAAUGAACUGGUGGUAA